UACAUUCCUUAUACCUUAAGCGAAAGUUUAAAAAUUUAAGUAGUCCGUAAGUACGUAGUAUGAACUAUGAAGCUCCAAAAAAAAUACACCCAACGAGGGGGCUUAAGGCACAAACCCAGAUAGUAUUUGUAGCCUGAAACUGAGACCAACCGUCUUCACUUCCCUAAUUUCAAAGGAUUUUAGUUUUACUCCAAUGCAAUUUUCUCUCUCCUCUCCUAAACAUCAAUCUCUAUGGCAUGCCCUCUUUCUUCUCAACACUUGUUCUUACUCUCUACAAUUUCACUCAUUAUUUUGCGAAUCAAACUCUCAAAUUCUCUCUCUCUCUUCCAAUUUAUUCUUCUUCCUCCUCUUUGGAAGUUUGGCUGAAUUUAAGAAAUGCCCUCUUUAAUUUAUCAUUGUACUCUGUUUUUCACUUUCUUUCUUACUUUUAGUCAAUUGGGUGCAAAACCCAUUUCCAAUUUUAUCAAAAAAUCAGAAUUGAAUCAUAAAGUUGGAAUCUUUGAUCAUCAACUUUGCAAUGAAUCUUGUGGGAAAUUUCGAGUAUCAUUCCCAUUUUACAUAAACAAUGCAUCUUGUGGGUUUUCUAACCCCCCAUUAUUAGAAUCAUUCCAAUUAACUUGUCUUAAUUCAACUUCCCUUUUCCUAAACAUUGAUUCCCAAAAUUAUAGGGUUUUGGAAUUCUUUUCUGAUGGGGUUUUAGUUGAUUUUCCAGGGUUUUCUAACACGUGUCGGCCUUACAAUGAUUUAAACUCAUUUGGGUUUGGCGGAAAUGAUUAUUUUGGAAUAUCAAAUGAUAAUGUAAUUGGAUUAUAUGAUUGUGAAGACUCUUCUUUGUGUAAGGCUAAUUGUGAGUCUAAUGAUUUACCUGAUUGUGACAAAAAUGGGAAUGGAAGUGGGCCAGUUUGUUGUUAUCCAUUGUCUGAUCAUAGUGUAUGGCAUAUUGGAGAUGAAUUUAAUGUGUUUGCUAAGUUUGAAUGCAGAGGUUUUUCUUCUUGGGUUGUUCCAAGAGGAAUGAAUUCUGGAAAAAGAGGGGUGAAAUUAGAAUGGGCUAUUCCUUUGAACUUGUCUAAAGAAGCUUGUGAUGUUAAUGGGUAUAUUGUGAAUGCUACUACUGUGAAGCAUGGAGUAAGGUGUUUAUGUGGUGAUGGGUUUGUUGGGGAUGGAUAUGUCAAUGGAACUGGUUGCUUGAAAUCGUGUUUCAAGGAUGGAAAGGAAGAAUUUGGCAAAGAUUGUGAACCAGGGAGGCACAACAAAAAAAAGAUGAUAAUAUUAGCUGGCGUUCUUACAUCAGCUUUUGCCGCUGCCUCUUUCCUUGCUCUUCUUUGUCUGAUAAAAAGGUCAGUGAAAUCUACCGCGUAUGGGUCUCCCCACAAGCCCCAAUUUCGCAGCACAUUAUCAUUCCGAAAAUCUUGUAACACCCGGCUUUUCACCUUAAAUGAACUAGACGAAGCCACGGAUGGAUUCAACGAAGGCCAGAAAGUAAUGGACAGUUGUGGUGGCAGUGUCUUCACCGGUAAACUCAAGGAUGGUUCUCACAUUGCAGUCCAAAGGGUCAAAUGUGAGAACGAGAAGGACCUGAUGCAAGUAUUGACCCGGGUUGAGCUCUUGUCCACUAUUAUGCACCGGAAUCUGGCUCAUAUAUUUGGUUGCUGUAUUGACUCAGGUUACACUCCUAUGGUGGUGUACGAAUUCCCUGAAAAUCGAACUCUUGAAGAUCAUUUGCACAAAGAACAACCUGAUAAAAUUGGCCUUGAUUGGUACAAGAGGUUAAGCAUUGCUGCUCAAACAGCUAGUUUACUCGCUUUUUUGCAACAUGAAGUUUCUCCUCCUGUUUCACAUCAAAAUCUCAAGACUAGUAGCAUUUUCCUAGACCAAGAUUUUAAUGUCAAAGUAGCCUGUUUCGGGAUGUUCUGUAGCUUAGAGCUGUAUAAUAGCGAGGUUUAUGAUUUAGGGGUGUUUCUGUUGGAGGUAGUCUCAGGCUCUAAGCACCCAGAUAUGCCUACAAUAGCCUUGUACAAGACUAGGGAUGGUAAAAUAGAGGAGAUAAUUGACCCUCUUCUUUACUACCAUGAACAACCGCCUUUUAGGAGGGAUCAGAUUGACAGAGUUGCUGACAUUGCCACAAGGUGUCUGCUGUUUGGAGGUGAUGGAAAACUAAGGAUGGUGGAUGUUGCGCGAGAACUAGUGCAUAUCACGAGAGAUAGCAUCGAUGGUGGUAGUCGGAGAGGGCCAGCAAUAGAGGAGACCUUCUCAAAUUCUAGUCUUCUCCAGAUGAUUUCCAUAUCUCCAGAUUCAAUUUAUGUCCCUUAAAUCUAAGUCUUCUUGCUACACAUUAUAAUAACCUAAAGAUCAACUCUGAUUGAGUGAUUGUUCAUCAAAAAAAUUGGUGUAUUAUUUCUUCAUUUCUUGUGUGUGCUUAGUGUUUGCUUUGAUUUUGUUAUUGAACGAGCAUUAUAUAUGUAUAUGUAUUUAGUAAUGGCAAUGUAACACAUCUUCAGAUAUUAUGUAUAUAUGGUGCAUUG